CACAUGAAACAGGUACGCAGGUUCGGUUUGAACUAUCUGCAUACUAAAAACAAGCUAUUGAUAGGCACCUUGCUAACUGCGGUGCUACAAGUUUAUUUGAGCGCAAAACAUUUUCUGACUUCGUUUUGGAAAAUGUGCAAUACAUUUGUUGCUUCGGACUGAAAACACCGCGCUGAUGUGCUAACCGGAAAAAUUAGAGUAGUCUCUCUUUGAUUUUUGUCCAUAUUGAUUCCAACGCUUCUCUCGAAAACAUUAACUAUGGCUCGACUUUUACUCCUAGUUAAAUCAAUAAAGUGGUAUUCAUUUGCCAUGUUAAACUGGAAUAUACUCGUAACAUUUGGAAUUUAUAAAGCCAUUACAGGACAAAGUGUUCCUGCAGGAGGAGCGUAUGUGGGAUGCGGGUACGAUGUUCUCUUUGGAAAUCCCGAUGGGGCCAGUUUUACUAAUGGUGGGGCGGAUCCUGGCAUACGAGCAACGAAAUUUAUUUUACAAAAGUCGUUUUCCGGUAAAGAUUUCUGCCCUUUUGAAGCAACUUGUGUCGGGAUCGGAGGAACUUUCUCUGAAGAAGUUUUCACUCUGCAGGCAGACAUGCAGCAGUACAAGCAGGACUAUACAGCUUCGCUAACUAGUGACAGCCAAGCAAAUAUACUGCUUGCGUCCUAUGGCGGCGUUCUAAGCUACUGUUCAAAAGAAGCCAAGGAAAUUAUUGAAGGUCAAGAGAAAAUUAUCCUAACCAAACGGCGUGUGACGCUUUCAGCAGAAGCCAGCUAUCGCUACCGCGAAAACAAGGAACUGAAUACGGAAUUUCUUCGAUCCCUGUGCGAGCUGCCAACGGAGUACACCGUGACGGACUACAGUAACUUCCUAAUGGAAUGGGGCACGCACGUCAUCAUCGCCGCCAAACUCGGGAUUCGCGAGUCCGUACGCGAAGAGCAUUCCAAGCAGACCAUUAUCAAUUAUCUGCAGCGCAAUCAGAGUGGUGUUCUCACCAGUAAGGCGAAUGUCUUGUCCGUGCUCAGUACGUCCCUCACCGGCUCGAUUUCGUCCACGGUCAUCAGCGAUCUGCGCAACGAUAACAUUGCUGCGCGCCGCUGGACAUCCGCAACCGGUUCGCCCAUCUCACCGGCACCGCUGGCUCUGACGCUACGUGGCAUGGAAAAAUUCAUCACCGCUGACUACAUCAACAGUAGCCUAUGCCCGGCAGUGCAGGGGAAAAGCAACAUUGAACAGCUGCAGAAACGCAUCAUGCAGGCUCUCAAUGAUUAUGCGGCGGUUAACGGCGCAAAAUCUCCCGAAGCAAUGGUACGCUCCGUACCGCUCGUGUGGCCCAAAGGCAACUACGGUCUACUAAUGGCUCGUGCCGGCUGCCCGGCUGGCCCGUGGUCCACCGGCAGCCGCUAUCAUGACACACAGGAUAAUCGACCAAAUAACGGCUGGUCCGACGGAUUUGAGACGAUAACCGCCAGCGAUCUGUGGAAAAACAACCUCAGAUUGAAGUUUUGCGUCAAGCAAAUUGAGUUUGACGAAAAUGCGCUGGAUCUGCCACAAGGAUCCUACUGUUUGUUUAAGAAAGGCACGUGUCCGUUUGGAUUCACUGUUUCUGAUGCGUACAUUGAUGAUGAAGAUUUUGCCAAUCAGAACGAUUACGACGGGACACUGCCCGAUGGUCAGUAUGACCGCAAUACCAAAUAUUAUUUCUGCUGCCGAAAUGACGGUGCGGUUAGAAAGCCGUUGUAUCUGCCGACUGAUCGGCCAUUUUUCCUAAUGCCCAUGGGACCGGCGUGCCAGACUGUUGCCGAUAUGACAUCUGCACUGCACUGGCUGAGGAUCGAUGGAAUGGGCAAAGGAUACAGCAAAGUCUCGGAGAAAGGACCGUAUUAUACGGAAGAUAAAAAGAAUAACUUGACGUUUUACUUUUGUUAUUACGCGAGGUCAAACCAAACUGAAGUGCCAAGUACUAAUGCAACUAUUCCAUAGAAAACGUUAGACCACUUAAAUUUUAAUAUUUAUUUUAAAUUUUCUGGUAAAUAUUUUAGUUUGAAAACAGAUUGCUAAAAUGAAUGUCUCUCCCCAUUAACAAUGUUUACGUGAAACCAAAAAUCUGUGUGUUUCGGGUGAGCGAAUCACA